UUUUGUCUAGCUGGUCAUAUUAUUAUUGUUAGUCUAAAAUUUCCGUUCGAUGCCAUUCCUCUCUUUAUAUAAAGCUUCCCAUCUCUCAGUAACACACAUGAGUGUCUCUUGAAAUAAUUUAAACAUAAAACAGUUAAUUGAGAGUUUUGAGUGUUUUGAGGCUCAGGAAUUCAAGAAGAAACUGGCAGUAAUGGCGAAGGAAGCUUCAAAUGGAGACAACCAUGCGGCUUCAAAACCACCGCCAACCCCAUCUCCUCUUAGAAAUUCUAAAUUCUUUCAGUCCAAUUUGAGAAUUUUGGUCACCGGAGGAGCUGGAUUCAUUGGCUCUCACCUUGUGGACAAGUUAAUGGAAAAUGAAAAGAAUGAGGUGAUUGUUGCGGAUAACUACUUCACUGGCUCAAAGGACAACCUAAAGAAGUGGAUUGGUCAUCCAAGAUUUGAGCUUAUUCGUCAUGAUGUCACUGAGCCAUUGCUAGUAGAGGUUGAUCAAAUAUAUCAUCUUGCUUGCCCUGCUUCCCCAAUCUUCUACAAAUACAAUGCUGUGAAGACUAUUAAAACAAAUGUGAUUGGUACAUUGAAUAUGCUGGGGCUUGCAAAGCGAGUGGGAGCAAGGAUUUUGCUUACAUCAACCUCAGAGGUGUAUGGAGAUCCCCUUGUGCAUCCCCAGGAGGAAAGCUAUUGGGGAAAUGUUAACCCAAUCGGAGUGAGGAGUUGCUAUGAUGAGGGAAAGCGAGUUGCUGAAACUUUGAUGUUUGAUUAUCAUAGGCAGCAUGGGAUUGAGAUUCGGAUUGCUAGGAUCUUUAACACAUAUGGGCCUCGAAUGAAUAUCGAUGACGGGCGUGUUGUCAGCAAUUUUAUAGCUCAAGCAAUCCGUGGUGAGCCCUUGACUGUUCAGGCGCCUGGAACCCAAACAAGAAGUUUCUGUUACGUGUCUGAUAUGGUUGAUGGCCUUAUUCGUCUUAUGGAAGGAGAGAACUCUGGCCCGAUCAAUAUAGGGAACCCAGGUGAAUUUACAAUGACUGAACUAGCUGAGACUGUGAAGGAGCUUAUCAACCCUGAUGUGAAGAUCGCAAUGGUGGAGAACACACCAGAUGAUCCUCGCCAACGAAAGCCGAAUAUCACAAAGGCUAAGGAGCUGCUAGGAUGGGAACCAAAGAUCAAGUUGCGUGAUGGUCUUCCCCUCAUGGAGGAGGAUUUCCGGACUAGGCUUGGAGUCCCCCCAAAGAAGUGAAACCAUAUAUUAUUAUAUAGCAUAAAACUGCUGGACCGCAGGCGCAUCUACUAGCUGGUUAUUUGAGAAAUUCUUGACAUCCGGUUUCAUCCCAGUACCGAUGCUUAUCUGUUCUGCAUUCCCAUUUACGUAAUUUAGAAUAAAACGGUAUUGGGCUCUCAUUUUAUAAUGUAGUUUGUUGAAGAACCUCUAUUUUUGCAUUUCGGACGGUAUUUGAUCUGAUAUUCAGAAAGUUUUUAAUUGAGUUUGAAGUCUUGCUCAA